CCUCAUUGACAUCGUUAGGACCGUUUCUGGCCGUCGUUACGGAAAUAUUUAGACAACACUGUUGAUGAUUUAUUGGGAGAUGAGAAGAAAAGGUUAAUAUUCUGCUGGGAUAAGAGUUAUUGCACCAAGACAGGGUUUAUGAUUCCAGAAAAUAAGUACAAGCAAUUGGUUUGUAAAGAAUUGAAGAAGGUAUGGAGAAAUGAAUUCAUAAUCAAUGGUGAACCUUGGUUGCUUAAUGGAUACUACAAUGAAUCAAACACAUUGUUAGUUGAUGAUUCACCAUACAAAUCCUUGCUCAAUCCUGCUCACUCUGCAAUCUUUCCUCGUUCCUAUGACUCCACAAUCAUGAAUGACAACUCAUUAGGUCCCGGAGGUGAUCUUCGAGUUUAUUUAGAAGGACUAGCGGUAGUGGAUGAAGAUGAAGAUGUGUGUCUGCGUUCUUGAGUUCGUAAGAACUUCCCUUCGUAGGGAUCUUCUCUUCCUCUUCGAAGAGCUUGCCGACGAGAUUUUCUUCUACUUCUGCCAUGUCGACGGUCGAGAAGGAAAUUCCGGCGGUGAUGGACCGUCGUUUGUCUAGAUUAGGGUUUUCCUAGGAAUCUUGCUCUGAUACCAUACAUGAAUUUCAGAGCCUACAACAUGCCGAAGACAACCGGUGGCUCUUCCUCCGCUGCCGCCAAAACUGUACCGGUCCAACAGGAACCGGUGGAGAUCCAUUCUGAGGAGGAAACUCCUCAAACCGGGGGAGCUGCUCAGGCCGGGAACGUCCCGGUGGAUCCUCCCCUCGACAAGGGAAAGGGGAAGAUGAGGAUGAAGAAGACCACCACCACCCAUCCAGCGGCGAAGAGGAGAAGGGGGGAAAACACCCCGGGUGCAGAGUCGAUGGAAGAGCUUUGGGUCAAGAUGACUCUUAAGCUGAAAGAGAUGGGCGAGGUCGGGCCGGAAACUUUGGAGAAGCUCGCAGAGGACUCCACCUCCCGGUCACUUCAGCUGGAGGAGAAACUGAAGGGAGUUGAAGCCCACAACCGGGAGCUGCAGGACCUGAUAGCCCGGCAGCUUGAAGAGGUGUCCAAUCUUUCUAUGAUUGCCGAGGGGGCCAAGGCGAAGACCCUCCAGCUGAAGGAAGAAAACCUGAAGCUGAUGGAGGAGUUGGAGGCCAAGGAGCGAGAGUUUCCCAGCAAGGCCAAGCAAUGGGUUGGGGAGAACCUGGAGGAGGCGGCCCGGGUGAUUACAUCUACCCCGGAGGUGACGAUGGAGGCCUUCAAGUUCAUCUACCGGGAGGAGCAGGGGAAAGAGAUGAUCACACAGAUCGGCUCCUACGGUUUCAUGUCCGGGCAGAAAAGAGACCGGGAGGCUACACAUGCUGUCUUGGCGGAACGUGACCCGGCUUUUUCUGCUGAAGCCUAUGGUUUGGCCCCCAUCCCCGAUGAAGAGCCUGAGCCUCCAUUCCCCCUUGAGUAGAUCUCUCCGGCUGCGCCCGGUUGUUUCUACUUUUGUAAAAUUUUAACAACUCGCUAUUUUCCCGGGUAUGCCCGGUGUAUUUGUAAACAUUUAACAUUCCCAUUUUGUUUGAAUGUCAUGUUUUAUUUCCAUACCGGUUAUUCCUCCAUAUCUGCUUGCUUCUUGAUUGAUACUCCGUUAUUGCUUCUUAAAAUACCAUCAUAGAAACUUUGACCGGUUAGACGUCGGUUCGCCUAGCCUCUUGGUAGACUCCAACCGGUGUAAGUCCAACUAUUGUUUUCAGAUGUCUUUAGGUUGAAAAUCAACUCGAGUAGACUUGACCGGUUGAACUCCAACUUGAUGGUCAAUUUGAAAAAUAUUCGACCGGCUAGACUUCAUUU